AUGGCUCCACCGGAAAAGAUUGAGCUGAAGAAACAAGCUCAGCAGCUCAUUGAACAGUACGAUAACUUUCUUUUUGACUGUGACGGGGUUAUUUGGUUGGACGAAAAGCUCAUACCCGGGGUUCUUGAAACGAUUGAACAUUUGGAAAGUCAAGGGAAGCGGUUUGCAUUUGUCACCAACAACUCAUCGAAAUCCAGAGAUACUUAUAUCGAGAAAUUCCAUAGACUUGGAUUCAAGGGCAUUGGUAAACACUUGAUCUAUCCCACAUGCUACGCAGCGGCCAGCUAUCUCAAAGAACAUUUAAAAGUGCCAGCGGGAGCCAAAGUUUGGGUAUUAGGAGACCACGGAAUUGAAACCGAGUUGAAAGAAUUAGGGUAUAUCCCAGUGGGAGGAAGUGAUCCGAGACUCGACGAUGAAUUCCAUCCUCAGCAUGACUUAUUGAAAGUAGAUCCCGACGUACGUGCAGUCGUUGUUGGAUCGACUAAAGCCUUUAAUUACAUGAGAAUUGCUACUACUCUUCAAUACUUACUUCAUGAAAACAAGUCGUUACCCUUCAUUGGCACCAACAUCGAUCGCUCCUACCCGGGCCCAGAGGGACUUAUCUUACCGGCUGGGGGUAGUGUGGUCAACUACAUGAGUUAUACCUCCAAUCGUGAUUUUAUCGAUGUUGGUAAACCAAGUAAACGUUUAUUAGAAACAAUCUUAGAACAAAGAGACUUCGACAAGUCCAAAACCUUGAUGAUUGGCGAUACAAUGUAUACCGAUAUCAAGUUUGGUAAUGAUGGUCAAUUGGGUGGUGAAUCAGGAGGUUCUCUAUUGGUUUUAUCUGGAGGGACUAAAUUAAAAGAUUUACACCAUUUAAUCGAAAACCCAGCUUCUCUACAAGAUGGACCAAGCCUGAUUCCUCUGAAGUACAUCGAGUCGUUUGGCCACAUCAUACACUUGUUAUCCAACUAA